AUGCUUCCCUCGAGUGGCCAAUCGGGGCAUACAUUGAGACGACUGUCCGCCUCUUUAGGCGACUCUUCCGACUCGAGUUCACUUGCCCUUUAUAGCAAUGAAGACAUCUAUCUAUUAGACGAUCCGUUAAGUGCUGUCGACUCUGAAGUCGCGAAUCAUAUCUUCGAUAAAUGUAUUUGUGAUUAUCUAAAGACAAAAACAGUGGUAUUAGUCACACAUCAGAUCCAAUUCAUACAAAAGGCCACAAAAAUCUUGGUUCUCAAAGAGGGUCGGAGUCUAGCGUUUGGAACGCUAGCGACAAAAAAGACGAAUUUAUUGCAGAGGAAUAUAAACACAAGGGUUCAGUGGAUGGGAGAGUGUAUUGGUAUUACCUGAAGUCUGGCGGC